AUUGACUUUUUUUAAUGUUCAUCCUAGCUGGAAACCCGUCGCCCGCACUAUGACGUUUCAAAUGCCACCACUACCAGCUGCUCCAGGCAUUGGCAACGCCGGUUAACUCACUCCAGCAUCAACUGUAUUCAAAACAUGUGACACCUGAUGGUGGCGAAAGAUAUCCAUCUGUGCGCAAAUGUGGACACGACUGUCCCGCGCAGCCGAAUCUAUUGCGGCGGUAUGGAUUUGCAGACCCCUGAUGGCGAGGCGGCAUCCGAGCAUCUCGUCGGCAAUAUUGUGCUCAAUCGCUUUCGUCGAGAUUGUCAACACAAGCACUGGCGUUACAAUCACCACGGUCUGAUUGGCCAGCAGAAGGCUCCACCCGUAUGUCAUAGUCGCCCGGGUCCUCAACGAGAUAUGCUGGAAGUGACCUUCGCAUUGCCGUCUUUCUAUGCAAUGACGUUCUACAAGAUUAGAGCGGGCACCCGCAGGUCCGCGCUAGGCAUCUACGCUCCAGACGUGCAGGUUACCCAGUUCCGUAACGACACCCGGAAGCUGCUGCGCUUCAGUGCCGUCUGCGGCUCGAGCACUGACAUGACACUCGAGCGACGUUUGCAUCUCAUCACGCGGCCUAGGCUCUUGGUUCUAUGACUAAGCUUUGGGUUCACAGUCGUCUUCUAUGGUAGAAGGGGCCUGCCCGAUCUCCUGUCCUGUGCAGGUUGUGACACAUCGGAGGGGCUUCAGGGCUCGCUGUCUUUUCAUAUGCCGAUAAUAUCUUUUUUGAGCCAUCUUCGUGAAAGACGCCGUCGGCAUCUACAUGUUCCUGCUGCGCCAAGUCGGUGCCAAGGCACUUGCUGUGGCUGCCGAGAUGUUGUCCAAACCUCCCCCGCAAUGUCUAUGC